UUGUGAGGAGAGGUCACGUUCGUCCCGCGGUCCGCUGCCCUCUCACUCGGGGUAUACCUACGCUUCAAAGACGUUCGUUCGUUCCCUUCGAGACACAAAACAUUCUUUAGCGAGGAAGCCCGUCUCUCGUUCGUUCGGAUCAGUGGUGUUGACGAAAGGUUUAUUUUACUGUGAGUGGGAGAGAGAGAGGGACAGAGCCCGAGUGAAAAAAAAAGUAAUAUUAAAGUUUAUUCCCUGUUCUCGAGGAGGAGCGUAGACCUGCAAAUUCCAAAACGCUGCUGUCAUGAUCACAAUCUCCUUUUUCUCCUCCUUCGGCGUGUGUGCUAGUCCCGCCCAGAGUCCCCACGGAGAUUGGGAGAGGAACUGGCAACGGUGAGGAAAAGUGACACAACCGAGCGAGAAAAAAGGAGUUUGGAAAAGAAAAGAUACAAAAAUUUUUUAAAAAUGAGUCGACAACGUUUUUCUCCGACCAGGGCCGACCACCAUAAGUCCAAAAACCACAACAAACAGGAGAUAGACUGAGAGAGAGAGAGAGAGAGAGUUAGGUCCCCGGUAGGUCUUCUCUCCCAAGAUCCAAAAAGCAAGAAGGGGAGAAGAAGAAGAAGAGGAAGAAAAACAAGAGAAGAGGGAGCCAUCGGUACUUCAAAGACUCUCUCAUCCCAUACAGCUCUUGCUCCUUAUCUCCUCCACGAGAGAGAGAGAGAGAGAGAGAGAGAGAGAGAGAGAGAGAGAAGUCUGCAAGCAAAGGAAACCAAACGACGGGUAAAAAAAGAAAAGAAAAGAAGGGAUAGUAAUGAUGGUGGAACACAAUCAGGUAUAAAACAGAUGAUACCAGAAGGGGGGCGAUUGGAUAAACCUCUCUAUGUGUGUGCGUCUGUUUCUCUACCUCGUGUGUGGGGGGGGCGGGUGUGUCUGUUCGCCUCUUGACGAUUACUGACCUACGAUGGAUGGCUUGUGCUGGAGACUCCUGUUGGCACUGAUCUUAGGCGGAUCCUCCGGGGGUCGGGGGGGCCCCGGAUCGGCCGGAGGAGGAGGUAUAGGGGGCGGAGGAGGCAGCAGCGGGCUGAGCGCCGCCCUAGGCGCUCUGGGGCCCUUGGGCUCGGGACCCUUGGGCGCGGUCGUGGGCCCGAGGCUCAUGGCACGCCUGGUGGAGGGCGAGGCGGUCCGUCGGGUGGUGGAGGCCGUCGAGACGCCCAUGACGAGGUAUUACUUCGACCCGGCCACGAGGGCGGUGUGCAACGACAAUUCUCCCGCAGGGUUCUACUUCCGCCGUUCCAAGAACGACAGUCCCAGAUGGAUCGUCUUUCUGGAAGGAGGAUGGUACUGCUUUGACCGAAAGAGCUGCGAACAGCGUUGGCACGGCCUCAAACCCCUGAUGACCUCGCGAGGAUGGCCACCCACCCGUCAAGUCGGGGGAAUUCUUUCGCCUGACCCGAAGGUCAAUCCUCACUGGUGGGAGGCCAAUCACGUGUUCGUCCCCUACUGCUCUUCAGACUCUUGGUCAGGGACGAGAUACUCCGCAGAGAGCGCCGGCGGCUUCUCCUUCAUGGGAAGCGUCAUCAUAGAGAACGUCAUCCAGGCCGUGGUCAGACUGAAUCUGACCCACGGUCAUAAAUUGAUCUUGGCUGGAAGCAGCGCUGGCGGAGUGGGAGCCAUGGUGAAUGUCGACCGUGUCUCUCAACAACUACUAGACCAAGGGAUCGAGGCCGAGGUUCGCGCCGUCUCCGACUCCGGUUGGUUCUUGGAUAACGAACCCUUCGCGCCCUUGGAGUGCCUCAACGCCCACAGCUGCCCGCCCGUGGAGGCUAUCAGGAGGGGCCAGAAGCUCUGGCAAGGGCGGAUACCCACCAGCUGCCUUCAGGAAUAUCCGCAGCAUCCGUGGUACUGCUACUUCGGGUAUAGGGCAUAUCCCACCAUGAAGUCUCCGCUCUUCGUCUUCCAAUGGGUGUUUGACGAGGCUCAGAUGACAGCUGACAACGUUGGAAAGCCUAUUUCGAAGGAACAGUGGGACUACAUACACGGCAUCGGAGAGAGGCUUCGAAAAACGUUCGAAAACGUCACGGCUCUGUUCGCCCCAUCCUGCAUUUCGCACACUGUCCUCACCAAGAAGGACUGGACCAACAUCAAGAUAGGCGACGUGUCUCUACCUCAGGCUCUCAACUGCUGGGACGCCGCGUCGACAACAACCCUGAACGCUUUGUUUCACCAGAGGGAGAACAGGACCUCUGGACUGUCCCAGACCUCAUCCUCCUCAUCUUCAACAACGUCCAAACACAACAAAGUGCGACACCACAACGGAGGCAGCAGUAGUAGCAGUAGCAGUAGGAAUCGUCAACGCCAACAUCGUCAGAAGAGACGGCGGGAAAAGGGCCAGGGAGGGGCUGGUAGGAAAGCCCGACCGCGGGACUCCUCAGCAGAGGAGCAUCGGUCCCAAAGACACCAGAAUGGCAGGGUUAGGAGCAGGGUGGGGGGUAAGACGCCGCGCAGGAAAGACCAAACGAGUGCUGGUGGUGUUGGUGUAGGUGGUGAGAGUUUCAAUGUGAAUCUAAGAAGUGACAGAGUACAAAGUAGCCAUUUAGAUCUUGUUCGCGGUGCUGCUGACAGCAGUGACUCAAGAAACGACAGUGCCGGCGGCCGUGUCAGGGAAGGUGCCCUAGUGAUAACUGCGAACAUUACCGUCAUAGACCCGGGCAGCACGCGAGCCAAGUUAGCACAGACACUCGACAGUGCCAACUACCAUCCUCAGGGAUUAAGUGGACCUAAUGUCCCCCACGGGGAUAUGUUAGCGGACUCCCCCAGGGAGAGUGCGGGUGUCCCCUCGAAAAACUAUAACAAAAUAGAGUCGAACGCCAUUGAGACUCCUCAGGUAGAUAUUCAGAAGGGGGAUACCAUAGACACACCAAAGACAGGAGACGGAGGUGACAACAAAGAAGAAGAAGAAGAAGAAGGAGGAGAAGACAGGAGUACCAGACGUCGUAACCGCAAGAAGAAGAAGAGGAAGAAGAAGAAGAGGGAAGAGAAGAAACGGAAGAAGAAGAGGCGGGAGCGCAGGAAAAAGCAAAAAGAGAGGAGGAGAAAGCAGAAGGAGAAGAGGAACAAGAAACGAACGCGUCUAAAAGGGUCGCUGGAAAUGGGGGAGGAUGCCAUGGUGCCAAAACUAAACGAUGCCUACUCUGCAGACCUGUGCCCAGCCCAUACUCUGCACUUGACAGAUAACUGCGCCUGGCCCCACUGCAACUAUGCCUGCCCGAAGCUGCUCAAUCCUUUCACAGGUGAAGAAAUGAACUUCCUAGACCUACUGAAGAGUUUCGGUCUAGACAUGGCGAGUAUAGCAAACGCACUUGGUAUCGAUAUACACACCCUCAAUUCUAUGGGCAACGACGAGCUCCUGCUGAUUCUUACGCAGUGAAAAGGGAUUUCUCUUCUUUAAAAAAACAUAUUUCAUUGCAGUUCCUGUCUACAACGAGCUUUCGACUACGGAAUCAAACUGUAAAAGCAAUGGUUUCCCCACAAGAACUCGAGCAGUUUCUAUCCUCAUGAUUAUAAGUCUAAUGGAUUCUUUUUUAUAUAUACUUCACAAAUCAGUUGUAUGCUAUACAAAACAGCAGUGACCUCUGUAUGUAACCUCGUUUCCUGUGACAUCACCAUACACAAAUACAUAAGUUUUAUACAUUAUUGUUGGCGAAAUAUGAAAUAUUCAUUAGAAUAUAAGUGUCUCAAGGUAGCAUAGAUCCACAAGGUGAAAUGGGAUUAACCACUUGCUUUAGGUCAGUAAAUUGCCCGAAUUUACAAAACAUUUUGAUUUAACGUAAUCUCUAGAGCCUUUAGCAUCUACUAGUACAACAUCCUAGUAAACUCAUCUAUUCUAAUAAUAAUUAUGUUUAAAAAGAAUUUUUCCAUAAAAAAAACAAUUUUGAGCUGCUAUCUUUGAACAUUGUUAAAUUCAUAAUAACAAAAGAUUUGUUGAUCUCCCAAAGUUUCGUUGGUUUAUUUCAAAUUACAAUUUUGACCACAUUAAACAACUAGAGUAUAAAAAAUUAUUAUUCCAUUAAAAGUGUCAAGGUAAAUGUAUAUAAAAAAUGGAUUCAUUUUACUUAUACAGCACCAGACAGCAAUUAAGUAUAUCUUUAAUAAUUCUGUCAAUGAUCUAAAUAACAGUAGAUGCAUAAUUUUUGUCAGGUUAAACCUCCAGUUUACAAAUAUAUCAUGCUUCUCAAGUAAAACUAUCGUAAAGUAACAAAUAUUGCCACGGAACCAUUCCACCACUCGCAAAAAAAAAAAAAUGUGAAAUUGGCCACCUUACCGAACAGUUUGUGUAUGCGCGUUGUCACUCUUAAAUGCUUCCUUCUACCCAGCAAAAUGAAACUGAAACUUGACGUGCACUUUUGCAUAAGAGUUAUAAUAGAUUAUCUCCAACAAAGUACAAAUAAGUUAUAACUUAAUUACUUAGUCUUGUAUCUGCUAUGCCAAUGUUUACCUUUUAUUAAAUAGUAGGCCUACGCGUGUGGUGAAGAGCCAAGAUGGAAAGUUGAUAGACCUAUGAAGCUUUCAAGCUUGUGGUGUUUUCCUGGUAAUUCGACUUAUGUAGGCUGAUAUGUCUGCGUUAUACCACAACUUGACAGCUAAUAUAUUCGACAAAGACUUCCCAGAAAGUAUAUAACUACUUGGGAGUGAUUCAUGACAAAAAGACUUAACAGAAAGACCUUCAACUAAUCUGAGCAUCUAAAAGGGCUUACUUCUCCACACUCUGUCUAGGAACUUACACUUACUUUAAAUAUCUGUAUAAGACAUUCAUUCGUCUCCAUGUACAAUCAAUUCAGUUAUAGUAAUCUCCUUAAGGGUAGGUCGAAUUUAAAUGUAGAUCAACUGUAAACUACAAAUUGAAGCAAUGAACUACCUCGACUAAUCUCCCGCUCACCGUGUUGCCAAGAAGGUAUAAUUUAACCGUGUGGUGAUGUUGACAGCAUGUUGACUACAAAAUAAAAUGGUAUA